AUGCCUUCCUCGAAUGCCGACGAUCUGUCGGUCGGCGAUGUGUUCGCGCCGCAGGCCGACAGCGUCGUUGACAUCCCGACCAAUCACCGUCGCCCCAAUGCACACAUGGGCACCAUGUCACCCCCAGAGCAGACAACCAAGGAAUUCAAUGGGUUUACAAACCAGACACUCAGCGAGAACAUGCUGCCGAAGCAGCGCCGGAAGAAGAAGAAGAAGCACGAAUUCGUGUCGUCGUGCGCAACUGUUCACGGUUUCACUCCUCUGGCGUCCGGCGACGAGGAAUCGGACUUCUCCGCUGCGAGCUCCCGCGCACCCUCUCGACCUCCCACUGCCCUGGGUAGCGCAAGCCCAAUGGUACAGACUCCCGCAGGUCAUGGGGUCAGCGCAUUGAAGCUUCAACUCAACACCCUAAAUUUGUCCGACACAAAUGGUUCCAGCGGACUUGUCUCCCGGACCCCGAGUGUUUACUCCGAUAGCGACCAGACCGAGAUCUUGACCAGCUAUGAAAUCCCCCUGGAUCAGGACUUUGUUAGUUCCGACGCAGUGCAGCCAGAGACACUGGACGAUCGCAACGCGGAUGUCCCAGGCAUGAAUUCGGAAUUGCGCAGUCAACUGUGCCGCAAGAUGACAGCGGAGGACUUUGUGCCUAUCCUCUGUUUGGGAAAGGGCUCAUUUGGAACUGUGUUGCUGGUGCGCCACGUCGUCACGGGCAAGCUCUACGCCCAGAAACAAUUCCGGAAGGCUACCCUCACUGUCCACAAAAAGCUAGUCGAGCAGACCAAGACAGAGCGCACAAUCCUGGAAAGUGUCAAUCGCCACCCCUUUGUCGUCAAGCUAUUCUAUGCCUUCCAAGACCAUGAGAAACUCUACUUGAUCCUGGAGUACGCGCAAGGCGGCGAACUCUUCACCCACCUAGCCAUGGAACGGAUGUUCGAAGAAGACGCAGCAGCCUUCUACAUGGCAGAGAUGGUACUUGCACUAGCUCACCUUCACCAAAACGUCGGCGUUCUCUACCGCGACCUGAAACCUGAGAACUGCCUCCUAGAUGCACAAGGCCACCUCCUCCUAACCGACUUCGGCCUCAGCAAGAUCGCCCUCAGCGACGACGAGCGCUGCAACUCCCUCCUCGGCACAAUCGAGUACAUGGCACCAGAAGUAAUCCAAGGCAAACCAUACGGCAAAGCAUGCGACUGGUGGUCCCUCGGCGCACUGGGCUACGACCUCCUCACCGGCUCACCCCCAUUCCGCGCAAACAACCACGCCAAGCUCCAAGAGAAGAUCGUCAAGCAAAAACUCAUGCUCCCCUACUUCCUCGGACCAGACGCAAAAGACCUCCUCACCCGUCUCCUCCGCAAAGAACCCUCCAAACGUCUCGGCUACCACAUGCAGAAGGACUUGCAGAUCAUCAAGAAACAUCGCUUCUUCCGCAAAAUCGACUGGGCUGCCCUUGAGCGCCGCGAACUCGACCCCCCUAUCCAGCCUGUCGUCACGGACCCCGCUCUCGCGGAGAACUUCUCUGCCGAUUUCACUCAUCUCCCGCUCAGUCCGACGGUUACUGCCGCAGGCUUUGACGAGUACUAUGGAAAGGGACAGGAUUUCCCGGCUGGAAAGGGUGCAGAUGGAGACGAGCAUGGUGUUGGGAGCAAUCCGUUCGGUGGAUUUAGUUAUGUUGCUUCGAGCAGCUUGCUGGAUCAUGGGUUGGGGGUUAUGACAGCUGGAUAUUGA